AUGCGUUCAUUCGCGCACGCGAGCCACUCGGGAGUGGCGUCUCCCCCGUUCGACCCGUCGGACCUGCACAUCUCGCCCACGCGCUUCCUCGGCGCCGGCACGUAUGGCGAGGUGCGCAUGGGGUCAUGGCACGGGCAGGCCGUGGCCGUGAAGAUCCUCAAGAACGCCGCUGACUCGCUCCUCUGCACCUUCUUCCUGCGCGAGGUGGCGUUGACGCGGCGCGUGCAUCACCCCAACAUAGUGCGCUUCCUGGGCGCCAAGACGGACGCCAUGCCCUUCAUGCUCGUCACUGAGAUGCUGCCCAUGGGCGAUCUGCAUGAUUACAUCCAGUCCAAGUCGCCUCUGGGCGCGCGCCAGGUCCUGCUCUUCGCCCUUGACAUUGCACGUGCAAUGGAGUAUCUGCACGGGCUGUCUCCGCCCAUCGUGCACCGAGACCUCAAACCACAUUCGGUCAUUCAAACCUCUGUCUAUUCACAUGAGCAAACGCGCCUCCUUCUUUCCCCUCUUUCGUCUUCUCCCUUUUCCCCACCCCCUGUUUCCUCCCCCUCUGUCUGCUCUUCCUGUUUUCCCCUGGCUGUCUUCACCCCUCGCACCUACCGCUACAUGGCGCCAGAGGUGUUUCGCCACGAGCCCUACGGCACGCCCGUUGACGUCUUCUCCUUCGCCAUCCUGCUGCACGAGAUGUUUGAGGGAGGGCAGCAGAUGAAGCUGCUGACGCCACAGGAGGUGGCGAGGAAGUAUGCUCUCAACGUGCGCCCGGUCUUCAAAGCCCGCACAUACCCACCGCAUGUCAAGGACUUCAUAGCCACGUGCUGGCACCAGGAUCCAUUGCAGCGCCCACCCUUUUCCAAAAUCCGGCCCUUCCUGGAACAAACUUUGGAAGAUCUAGGCCCCUCGCCUCUCUCCUCCCUCCGCAAUGCCGCCGCGCACACCGCCUCACCUGCUCGUGAUUUCUCAGGGAACGGUGCUGGUGGUGGCGGCGGCGGUAGCAGUGGGGCCAUAGGGCAUCAGAUGGAGGCCAGUGAGGAGUCUCCUCCCCUCUCCACGUGGACCAACUUGCAGCAGUAG